AUGAAUGAAGAACAGUUCGAAACACUAACUCGCCGGAUAGAAGAAUCCAAUAGAAAAGUGAUUGAAGAAGCAAAUAGCAAACAAACAAAAGUUAUUCGUGAUUACAUCCAGCAAGAAAUAUCAGAAGUAAAGGAAGAUUUUGAGAAAGCUAUUACGCAAAGCGAAAAUAAGUUGCAGGCCAAAUACGAGGAGCUUAACAAAAAACACACUCAACUACAAAAACAGCUGAAGAAAAACAAUAUUGUUAUAUGGGGUGUUCAGCCUCCAAAAGAAAACCUACCAGAGUUUAUCAUAAACAAGCUGAAAACCCUACUUCAAAUCAAUAUAACAGUAUCAGAAAUAGAUAACGCCUUUACAUUUGGACAGGAAGAAAACAGGAAGCAUAUUUUGGUAAAAUCAACAUCCUUUCUGAAAAAAAAAGAAAUCUUAGCAAACGGUAAAAAGUUAAAAGGAACUGGAAUAAGCAUCUCCGAAGAUUUGACUAAGGAAGAGAGGGAGGAAAGCAAGAUACUUCGUAAACAUUUGAAGGAAGCCAAGGAAAAGAGUCUGAACGCAUUCAUAAGGAACAAUCAGCUCAUCGUUAAUGGGCAGACAUUUACAGUUAGUGAACUACUAGACUCUGACGAGAACGAAAUCGAAAAGGAGCAGGAAGAGGAGGAAGUAGACAACAGGAUUACCAACAGUAGUGCAUCCGCAACUCCUACAAUACGUACAGUUCCCUUUUUUUCGGAGGAAGUAGAGAAUACCGAGGACGUUGAUGAGGUAUUUACCAAGGAAAGAGUAAUAAAGAAAUCUACAAAGGACAAAGAAAAGAAACAAGACAAGGAAAAAAAAGAACCUAGGACAUCAGCUCGCUCCGCAGCCCUUUGCAAUUUGUCUUUAGCCCGAAACAACAGAGUUUAA